AUGAUAGUUGUCCUUCUAGUACACAUCAUCAAGAUUCUAAUAAUUUCAUUGCAACAAAUUGACGUAAAGGACAAGAAGAAUGUCUCUCUGGAAGAUCAGAUUGUGCAAACAAAUCCAGUGCUUGAAGCUUUUGGUAAUGCAAAAACUGUGCGCAAUAACAACUCGUCCCGUUUCGGUAAAUUUAUUCGAGUGCACUUCAACAGAGCUGGAAAGCUUGCCGGAGGAGACAUUGAACACUAUCUGUUGGAAAAGUCCAGAGUGAUCAAGCAGGCUCCCGGAGAACGAUGUUACCAUAUAUUCUAUCAACUGUACUCUGGGGCUAUCCAGGGAUUGAAGGAAAAACUGAUGCUCACUCGUCCCAUCAAAGAUUAUCAUUUCGUGGCUCAAGCUGAAGUCACAAUCGAUGGUGUAAAUGAUAAGGAAGAGAUGUUACUUACAGAUGUGAGUUUGAACUUCCAGCAAAAAAAAUUGAGGGAAUAA